AUGCCGUAUUCACCAACAUCUUCCCUCGCAGGCAAAGUCAUUGCAAUCACAGGCGGCGCAAGCGGAAUCGGGCUCGCAACCGCACAUCUUCUCGCUAACCGUGGCGCCACCUUAUCACUCGCCGACGUCUCCGAUCAUGGCUUGGACGCCGCAUCAAAAGCGAUCAAAGCCAAACAUGACGUCGAGAUCUUGACCUUUGCUUUGGACGUUCGCAAUCCUGAACAGGUCGAUGCAUGGAUCAAAGAAACCGUAGCCAAGUUCGGGAAGCUGGAUGGUGCAGCAAACAUUGCCGGAGUCAUACCAAAAACCAUUGGAAUGGGCGGUAUUGCGGAGAUGGAGGCAGAAGAGUGGGAUUUUGUUAUUGGAGUAAAUCUUACCGGCGUUAUGCACUGCAUGCGCGCACAGAUGAGAGCUAUCUCUGAUGGAGGAAGUAUUGUGAAUGCGUCAAGUAUGGCAGGACUAACUGGGCGGCCGAACAACGCCGCGUAUUCAGCGAGUAAACAUGGCGUUAUUGGCUUGACGAAAAGCGCCGCCAAGGAGAUUGGAGCGAGAGGUGUGCGAGUCAAUUCAUUUGCACCUGGUUACAUUAUUACGCCGAUGACCGCUGCAGCAUCAAAAACGGACAUCAAAACAACUAACGAGUCAUCAGCCGUACCUCUUGGGAGACAUGGGUACCCGGAAGAAUGUGCAAGCGUAAUCGCUUUCUUACUGGGGGACGAAUCCACGUAUAUAACAGGGGCAACUUACAGCGUGGAUGGAGGCUGGCUCUCUUGA